GUUCGUGGUGGCGGGUGAGGGGGGACCCGGGACCGGGCGGGGCAGCGCCGGCGGCAGCGGCACCUUGUACCGGGACCCGGCAGGGACAGCCCCAGCGCUGGCACCUUGUACCGGGACCCGGGACAGGCAGCCCCGGCGCUAACACCCUGUACCGGGAGCCGGGACCCGGCAGGGACAGCUCCGGCGCUGGCGCCUUGUACCGGGAGCCGGGCAGGCAGCUGGCCGUGCUUGCGGCCGUGCCCCUCUCUGCACGCCGCGCAGCCCUGGCCGGUCCCGGGUCAGCGUUCCCCCUCAUCCCGUCGGGGAGGCGUCAGCCUCUCUGCUGCUGUCCCCCCAGAACUGGCCUUCUCGGCCCCUUGGACGCUGGCGUGGAGUCUGGUUCACCUGCAGAAUUACCCUUCCUUAGCCGGCUCACGUUAUUUGGUCUUUUAAGCUCUUAUCAGUGAAUGAAAAAAUCAUCCAAUUAUGCUGCUGUUCUUAUGUUCACAGGUAAGGCAAACUGCCCUUACUAUGCCAAGGCUGAGCUCCUGGCUGAUUAUCUCCAGACAAACUUGCCCGACUUCAGGGUUCACAAGAUUACUCAGCACCCUGACAAGUGGGAGCAGUGGCUUCAUGACAUUUGUGAAACAAAUGGAUGGGAGCACAGACACAGUCCUAUCAUUUGGAGAGAACUGUUGGAUCGUGGAGGGAAGGGUCAGCUUCUGGGAGGACUUAAUGAUUUUCUGGAAUAUGCUCAGCGAUAUUAUGGCAUCACCUCAAUGAUGCUGAGUGAGGAAAUGUUAGACAUUGCUGAGGAGAACCUGCAGGCACAUCUUGAAAUUGUAAAAGAGGAUGAAGAGAUUAAAAGUCUUAUCAAGCCUAUGCAGAUCUGGAUCACUGGUGCAUCAGUUCCAAUCUGUUAUCAUCUGAUCCCUCUGUUGGCAAAUGGAGAAGUGUUUGGGAUGACCACAGAAAUCAGUAUCCAUUUGCUCGACACUGACCAGUUUAAGGAAAUUCUUCGUGGUGUUGUAAUGGAAGCUGAAGACAUGGCGUUCCCUCUUCUCCGCAGUAUUUCAGAGCACACAGAAUUAGAUCAGGCUUUUAGUGAUGCUGAUGUUAUCAUUGUUCUUGAUGAUGUCCUCUUAAACCUUGAAGUCCAAUCCCUUGAGAGCUACAUCAGAGAAGUGAGUGAGAUCUGCCAAGUGUAUGCUCCCUUGAUUGAGAAGAAUGCCAAGAGUGAGGUCAAAGUUGUUUCAUCAGGAAAAACCUUUGCAAACCUUAAGGCGACCAUGUUAAGGACAUAUGGCCCAUCCAUUAGGCCUGAAAAUAUCAUUGCUGUUGCGACAACCUGGGAAAGUGCAGCUAAAGCCAUGCUGGCCAGGAAGCUGAAUACAAGCACAGCAGGAGUAAAGGAUGUGAUUGUUUGGGGCAAUGUUACUGGGUCUAACUACAUUGAUUUGUCACAUGCAAAACUUUAUGGAUAUGACUGUGCUAUUCGGGGCCCUCCUAAUUUUCCACGUCCUUUGUUGAAUAUGAUUUAUGAUAGCGAGUGGAUCCAUUCAGAAUUCCUGUCUGCACAGGGUACCCUGAGUUCCCGGGUGUCGCGUUGUGCAGCAAUGUUACCUGCUCAUGCAGUAGCCACGGUAUUGCAGUACUGGCACCAUGGCUGUCCUGAGGAGAUCCUUUCUCUGGGAAUACUUAGUGAAGGUCAGUUUUGCAUUCCUGAAGGAAUUAUCUGCUCUAUGCCAGUGAGGUUCCAGAAUGGUAACUGGGAAGUUGUGACAGAAUUAGAAAUUAGUGAAACGACCAAAAAGGUUCUGGAACGGUUGUCGCACGAGCUGGUUCAGGAGAAGCUUGUUGGACUAAAGGAAAUAAAUGAAAUGAAUCCAUAUGAAGCAGAAUAAAACUCCACAUCUUCUCCCAAGUGUUUCUCUGCUGCCUUUUCUAUUGAAUUUGCUUUUCAAGUUGUCUGUCCUCAUUUGUCAAAAUAAGAACAGAUGAACACUAAAGCAUGCUUUAGUUUUGUUUUUUUCACUUUUUCUCUAUUCUCAGGUUGUGAAAUUCCUGCACUUUUCCAAUGUUCUCACCAUUUCUUUCAAAUUUUCAUUCUUACAGAUCUUUUCUCUGGUUUUUCUUUCUCCCUUCCCAGUACUUUAAUAUCAGCCCUUUAUCUACUAUAGGCUGUUCUUCUCCAUUAGGGAUAGGCUGAGAAUGGGGAAACUAUUCGGAGUUAGAUGUCCAGAGCCUCUACUGAGCACAAAGCCUUUUGGUUUUCCAUGCCUGUUUUUUGGGAAAGGACUACAGACACAAUAAGAUAUUCUUGAUGAAUGCAGAAUUUAAUUAUUUGUUUAACCCAGAGAGGGAAUUCCCAGUUAGGUAAGAGUGUCCUUCCCUGUCUACUCUUUACAUGCAUGGCACCGCUGUUCUGUAGAGCUGUCCCGUUCCUCUUGUGUCAGCAUUAAAUGUUAAGCAGAGGCCUUCCCACUGAUAGCAGUGAUGUACUUAGUUGUGGCCUUCUCUUGUGACAUCAGUAUCAGGUGUUUAACUCUUCCCAAAGUGCCCCACUUCAUCUCCUUGCAUGUGGAAGUAUUUUAGAAGGCUAACAAAAAUAUCUCAUCUUUUUGCUUUUUUUUUUACAGAAAUGGAAACCUUGCCUACUCUGUCACUUUACUAGAGUUGUCUGGAAGAGAAAAUGCUGGAAAUUCCCAUAUUAAAAUAAGGUUUCCAUUGCUCAAAAGAGCAAACUAGAAAGAAAAUCUAAGCAUUGCUGUAACUUUUGCAGUAUUUUCCUCGUUUAAAAACUCUGGGAAAUCUCUAGGUGGAAAAAUACUUCAAAAUCAGUGUAAAUGUAAUGGUUUUAAUCUCUAAACCAAAGUAAAAUUCCUACUGAUUUUAAUGAGUCUAGGAUGUAAUUUGCAUCCAACCACUUAUUUCUUCAGACCAAUAAACUACUGCAAAAACAUGGUUUAAUGCCUAUAAUAUUAAUAUGAAAAUUUGGAGCAGGACUGUCACAUACAGAGUAGAAGCUUUAUAAUUCCAAAUCUUUUUUUCAGAUGUACUGAAACACAGUACAUUUGUAAUAAAAUAUCUUAGGCAAAAUUGAUUUUUAACACAAAAAUAUGUUUCUACAUCUCCUUAGUGAUAAGUUCAUCUUUGUUUCCAUGUUUUUCUUAUUUAUUUCAUGAGUUUCAAGAGAAUACUUGUGUUUUAAGUCAAACAUAAUUAAUUUCUUGUUUAAACAGACUUGUUGAGGUACCAAUUUUACUUGCAUCUUUGCUGCCUUAAAUGAUGGAGACUGUAUUAAUGAAAAGUUACUGUACUUGCUACUUUUUUAUCAGAAAUGUUUAAAACAAAAUACAAAGCUUCCUGUUCUUUGAAUCAGUU